GGAGGAGGAGGAAGAGUCGAUAAGCAAAUGUCCAGUUUCCAGAGAGAAAAUGACGCUGCUAAAGCUCUGUUCAGGAGGCUGGAGUCCGCAGUUACUCCCAUCGUGUCCGGGGAGUACAGUCACCACCGGGACAGAGCGGCGAUGGCAUCCCGGGUUUCCUUCACCCAGAUCCGGCUGGAAGCGGAGCUGGAGCGCUACCGGGCCGAGUGCCAGUGGGACAAGAUGCCGGCGAUCAUCGACCAGAUGCACGCUGCGCGGUUCCACGAGGACGACGACUACGGGCCGCUGCUGAUGGCCGAGGUGCUGCUGGAGGAGUGCCUGCAGGAAAACAUGGACCUGUUACGGAGCUCCACGCCUUUGACGGACAAGACCCAGGCCAAACUGUGCCGGGCCAAAAGCCACCUCAACACUAUCCUCAGCCGAGGCCGUCUCACACCCAGGUACCUGAACGAGGCUCUGCUGCUGAUGGCCAAGGUGCACUAUGUGCAGGGUCGCUACCGGGACGCCCAGGGAAUGUGUGCUAGGGUGGGACUGGAGGAGCUGACCAAGGAUUUCCAGCCGACCUACCACCUCCGCCUCCUGGCUGAGGCGUUUGUCAUUAAAGGUCUGUCUCUGGACCACCAGAUAGUCUCUGCGGUGUCUCGUGUCCGUCUGUCUGAGAGGGAGGAGGAGAGUCUGUCCUGUUUCCUCAGGGCCUGUGACGCCGCUCUGUCCUACCUGCAGGAGCUCGAUAAGACAGUAACAACACCUCACACCAAGACAGCCAAAGCAAAUCUGCUUCCUCCACCCGUGGACAUCGAGCUGGGCUACUUCCUCCAGGCUGCGUUACAGAGUGGUUACCUUUGUCUGCUGCAGAGGGGUCAUCUCGCGCAGGGUGCUCACCAACUGCGUAGGGUGCUCCGGGUGGUGGAGUCACGAGGGUCUCAGAGCUUCAGGAAGUCUGCAGCGAGGAAGCUAGCAGAGGUGCUGCUGAGCUCUGUGAGUGACGACAGCUACUGGCCCCCGCUGGGCCCCCCACCCUCAGCAUGGCUCCACAGAGAGGGAGCCGCCGCCUCCAAAGACGCCAUCUACCCCACAGUUAAACCGCCGCAACGUUACAGCACUGACUGUUGCUUCUGUCCUCAGGACGUGGUGGAGGAGGCUGUCUUGCUGCUGCUCAUCACAGAAACAAUGGCCAGCGGCGAGGCGGUGAUCAGUCGUCUGCCGGACCAGGCCGAGGCUCGUCAGGCCAGCCUGCAGGACGCCACCUCCGUCUACGACCUGCUCACCAUCGGCAUGGCCAGGAGGGGGCAGUAUGCAAUGCUUUCUGAGUGUCUGGAGCGAGCCAUGAAGUUCUCAUUCAAUGAGUUCCACCUCUGGCACCAGCUGGGCCUGUCACUCAUGGCGGCCGGGAAGGGAGUUGGUGCCGUGUCUGUAUUUAAAGAGUGUGCCAGGAUGAGACCAGAAGACCCCUCAUUGCCCCUAUUGGCUGCUAAAGUCUGCAUUGGUCAACUGCACUGGUUCGAGGAGGCUGAGGCUCUGUCGCAGAGUGUGGUGUCUAUGGGGGAAGAAGCCGGAGAAUUUCUACCCAGGGCCUACCUGGCUCUGGGACUCUGCUGCAGUCUACAGGCCUCCGAGGCCACUCUGAAAGCUGAUCGCAAUGAAUUCAACAAAAAAGCACUAAAUGUUUUGAACAAGGCUCAUUCAUUAGACCCCCAGGACGCACAGAUUGCCAUGUAUCUGGCUCUGCAGCUGGCACUCGUACGCCAGGUGUCAGCAGCCAUAGAGCCCCUGCAGGCAGCUUUAUCUCUCCGCGGGGAUGACUUACACUCCCUCCACCUGCUGACCCUGCUGCUGAGCGCCCAGAAACACCACCGUCAUGCUCUGGACACCCUGAAUCUGGCCCUCAGCCAGCACCCCAGCAACUUCAAUCUGCUGUUCACGAAGGUGAAGCUGGAAGAAACCCUCGUCGGUCCAGCCGCAGCCCUGCAGACCUGUGAGGAGAUGCUGCAACACUGGCAAAUCCGCUAUGACGUCAGCCGCUCCAGCGAGACAGACGACAGCAGCAGUAUACCGAUGGCGGAGAGGGCAGAGGUCAGCCCCGGAGGCAGGAAACCCUCCAUCCACCUCACCCUGCCCGACUUCCAGGACGCCUCCACCGGUUCGCAGAGCCCUUCGUCUGUUGCGGCGUCUCGUCUGGAAGCGGCGCUCUCUGAGGUGUCAGACAUCAGCUCCAUCCGUCGCCAAGGACCCACCUAUAUCUGGGCCACGCUGGAACGCAUUUGGCUGCAGGCUGGGGAGUUGUUCAUGGCGGAUGGCCGGCUAAAGGAGGCCCAGUUCUGCAUCGCCGAGGCCAGUGCGCUCUUCCCCAACUCGCACUCUGUGCUGGUGCAGCGGGGCCGCCUGGCCGAGCUCCGGGGCCAACUGGACGAAGCCAAAGGCCUGUAUGACGAGGCCCUGGCCAUCCAUCCCACAGGAGAGUGCAUACUUGUGCACAUGGGCCGCCUGCUGGUGAAAACUGGGCGUGUCCACCUCGGGGAGAAGGUCUUGCGUGAUGCGGUUCAGGUCCACAGCACAUCGCACGAGGCGUGGAGCGGCCUGGGCGAGGCCCUGCAGUCUCGGGGGUCCAGCCAGGCCCCAGACUGCUUCCUGACAGCCUUGGAGCUGGAGGCUUCCUGCCCCAUCCGGCCCUUCACCAUCAUCCCCAGGGAGCUUUGAUGGGGCCUUGGGGUGGGGGUGGUCAGGUUUAAGGAAUCGACCACACUGAUGCAGAUACACUGAGAAAGCAGUGCUGGGUGGAAUAAUGUUCCUUAAAGGUGCAGUCAGAGAUCCUAAUCCAAACUACUUUGGCUACUUUGGCCUGGAAAAGGUUUCCAGUGGGAGCGAGUGGGAUGGUAAAUCUGACACAUGCUAACAUGCUGAACUCUGAAACAUGGCUGUUCAAAUAUCAACCAUGUUUCUCCAGAAUCGCUGACUGCACCUGAAAACUUAUAAUUUGACAUUUUGGGAAAAGGCCUGUUCACUUUCCUGCUAACAGCGUGAAGAGAUCAAAAUCACUCAUUUAUGUUAAAUAUGAAGCUACAGCCAGGAGCUCCUUAAGUCACAUAACCCCCUUUAAAACCUCUUAGUGAACUGAAGAGGUUACAGUAGGAAGGAUAGAACCAGGCUAGCUGUUUCCCCCUGUUUCCAGUCUUUAUGCUAAGCUAAGCUAACCAAUUCCUGGAUGUACCAUCAUAUUUAACAAACAGAUAUGAACGUGUCUUCACAUCUAACCUUCAGCAAGAAAGCGAACAAGUCUCAAAAUCUGAGGUAUAUUUUCAAUAACAAUGCAUGUAACAUAUUACUUUUUCACUCUCAGUGACUUUCUGUCAAUUAUCUCAAAUGUCUGAUUGUCCCCAAAUAUUAUAUAUGAAUGUUCUUAGCAUCCAGUCUUAAUAAGGAAGUUAAUUAUUAGAUGAAUAAUUGCAGAAAAUGUCUAUUUUUUCCCGUAGUUUUGAGUAUUUACAUGCAAAAAAAGGGGCAUUAAUAUUGGAUAUCAAUGCUAUUUGUGCAUAAAAGGCAACAAAGGGAUUCAGCUUUAUGCAGAUAACAGAGCGAUGUAUAGAGAAAAUAACGUUAUCAUGUAAGUACUGUAACUGUGUACGUCUCCUAUGGAGUGACACAAUCGUUGGCUUUAACGGCUCAUAAAUCGCAGAGAUGUGCUGGUUACACCCUGCGAUAGAAUGUAUGCCGUUGCACGUGGAAAAGGCAGAUGCAUUGAUUAUGUAUAGGCUGUCAGUCACUGCAGCAGCUCCACUUAGCCUUUGAUGUAUAUUUGAUGAUCAUGUUGAUUGACGCAGCUUUCAUGUACACACAACCCCCCCCAAUCUUCAAAUGAGAGCUCACGUUAUCUUCCAGUGUAUCACUCCAUAUGUCAUUACUACUGUAUGUAUGUGAAUGUGCGUGUGUGUGUGUGUGCGUGUGUGUGUGUGUGUUUGUUUUAGACCAUCCCUCUGGGGUGUUAUGAGUCCCUGUUCUGUUUGUUCUGUUUGUACGGUACAGUAGGCGACUCAUCUGCUCAUAACGUGUGUGUGUGUGUGUGUGUGUGUGUGUGUGUUUUUGGGUUGUUUUUUUGACUCAUCUGUUCGUAACGCUCUCUCCAUCAUAAACAACAAUGGCUUUUAAAAAUCA